AAGGCUGCGCGGCGCUUCUUCCAUGGCACAGUCUCGCUCUCUCCGCUCGCCCAGCAUUCGCUUCCACGCGCCGCGUUCCCUGCGCCUCCUUCGCCCCGCUCUUCUUCUCCAGGGCGGGGCGGAGGGCAGGGCAGCCCCAGACGCGUCUCCUCGGGGCUGCGGUCACUCUCUCGGCUCGGCGGGGCGGUUUCGCGCAGGUGGGAGGCGCUGCCGAGUCCGCGGCUUAAUCCGGGGCGGGCGGGGAGGAGGGAAACUUCCUGUUGAACUUGCCGGCUGACAGUCGCCUGCGGACCGUCGGGGGCUGAGCCAUGGGGAAGCUGCUGGCGCUCGCCAUCGUCGGGGUCCUGGGCGCCUUGAUCGGAGAAAGGCUGAUGGGAUUUCGGUAAGUUGCUCCCUCGGCGCCGCGCUCGGCUUGUUUACGGGCGAAGUAAUCCCCGGGUGGGGGACUCGCUCCGGGAGUUCAUCGCGUUCAGAUGGAGGUUCACUCCGCGUAGGAUCGGGCUGCCCCUGUUGCCUUUAACCCUCUUGCGGGGCUGGAGGGAGGGAGCGAGGCGCAGGCAGGCGUUAGAUCCGACUGUGCGCUUUAGGUUGGGGAUCUGCCGUUCGGUUCGGUUCCCUUUCGUCCCCUCGCUCGCUCACGGUGCCAUCCUGCGCUUCAGUGGCGCGCUCUACCCCCAGGGAAAACGUGGGCAGCAGCCGCAGCAGGAUCGCAGCCGAAAGCUGGUCCCUGGCCGUCAGAGCCCCGCUGAACUCCGCGGGGCUCUCUUCGGAGUUAGGAGCCAUAGGAUCGCGCUGCGAGUGGCUGGGACUCUGCGCCCUCCUCUGCUGCGCGUUUAGAAGGAAACGCAGCAGCAAAAGCGUAAAUUUUGGGGCCGUCUGAUCCGGGCGAUUAAAAAAAAAUCGGUUCCUAAGACGUGUGGUUCAAAACUGAGGGAGCUCGUUGCUUUCUUGGCUUCUCUCCCUCUUGUUUUAAAGAGAAGAGUUCAGGACGAACUGCCUUGUUGGGCCCUGGGAAAGUUUCCUCCGUUAAAUUAGGUUAGAAAGUGGUGGGGGUUCGGCUGGAAGCCUCGACCCUUUGUUUAGCCCUAGCGCCUAGAUUCUCUGGGCAAGAUAUAUACAGUAAUGUCAUCUCAAUGUCUUCUGCCCCUCCUAAAAUAGCGGGUCGGCUGCUGCUUGCUUGCAUCUCAUCCCUGCUGUGGGCAGAACAAGGCACUGAGGCUCUCUUUGUUUCCCAAAGAAUGGAAGGGGGGUGGGAAAGGGGUUGCUUAACUCAUUAUCUGCCAGUUUUCCCAAUUUUAACAGGUUCUUCUUCUCACUUCCUCCCCUUGGGCUCCAGAAUUUGAAAUUGCCUCUUCCUAUCUGCUGGAGAGAAUUGACAGCAAUCCACCUAAAAUUCAGUUUGGGGAAAGGGUUAAGCACUCCCCCCCAACACCCCUUGCAACACACAAGAAGCUACUCUACAUUCAUGAGGUUUGGGGAAGUGUCUUUGCUGCAACAAUGUCAAGUUCUGCACUGACUAAGCUUUGCUGCUACUCUUGGCAAAAUUCAUUACACAGUUGAGGUAGAGGUAGCGAGAAAACUAAACCUAUUUGUGGCCCCCAAUGAGCCAAAGCUGUUGCAAAUGUACUUGUUUGCAUCUUCUGCUCAACACGUGUAUGAGCGCAACAAAUCUUGAGUUUAUAUAUGCAUGCUUAAUUUUAUUUGUAUGAUGCCUUUCCGCAGUUUAAACCAUGCCGAAGUCGGCUUACAGCAUGAAAAAUACAUAACUAUAACAUAACAGAGGUAGUCAUAAACAAUAAAUAAAAGAUUAAAAAAUGCACAACUAUUUCCACAUAAAUCCCAAGAUCUAAAAUAAAGACAUGGAUAAAACCAGCAACAACCCCCCAACAGCACCCCAACCCAAGAGUUUGUUCAGCUUUUGCAGCUGGAGUCAGUCCGGCCAGCUGGAAAUUGGCCAGCAAGGUAGGGAACAGGUCUUCAGGACUCACAGCCAAGAUGGAGUGUGCUUUAAGAGUGCUUUAAAUGGAUGAGAAAACACACACACACACACACACACACACACACUGUAAGUCUUGAGACGGCACCAAGCAUUAAAAAAGUGUUCUUAUACAAUUUUACAGGCAUGGUGAAUCAUGGGAACUGUAGUUCAUUGUUGGGAAUUGCUCUGUGCAGUCAGCACCCUUAGCAAACUACUGUUCCCAGUAUUAUUUGGGAAGAGUGCUUUAAAUGUAUGGUGUGGAUAUGACUGCCUCAUUCGUACAUAAAGCUGGGGUGAGGUAAUAGGAGGGAAGUCUGGUUUUUAAGAGCAAAGGGGGCAUACUGAAGGAAAUGGCAGGCCUUCCUUUUUCCUGUGGGUUACUUUCUCAUGCAGUUUUCCUUUAACUGGAUUCCUGUGCUGGAAGUGGGAGUGCCUGGGCAAAAAAUCACUAGUUUCAUAUUUCAUAUUACUUUGCAGGGCUGAGUUGCAGUUAGUUGUGUACUUUGUCUUGUGUUUGGAGUAAUAAGACUCUCUGUUCUGGCUGAAGGACAAAGGUUGUUAAAUGUCAAUCUUCUGAAUGGUGCUUAAAUGUAAUAUAAACUAAUUAUGAAGCCAGCAUCUAUUUUAGUUUAUGAGUAAGCACUCUGCUAAUUGGACAGCUAAUUGGAAGGAAGAGGUUUGCGGUCCUCAGGGCUUGGUGCGGGGGGGGGGGAGAGAAAAGGAUGUCCAUUUAUUUGUUUUUAAUUUUUGUCCGUUUCUUGAUCUGCAGACGCUUUGCUCUGUGAUACCCCUGGUGAUCUGGCAUGAAUGCUCUUUGGUUCGCAAACCAACCGCUCAGUGUUAAUGCACUCUUGUCAACAGCCAAUGACAACCUUCAUUUCCAGUUUGACCAGGGAGCAUAAUUUGCAAUAAUGCUUGCCAUAGUUCUCUGUAGAGAAUUACUUGUUAAGACCUCUUGGUUGCAAGUGUGUGGAAUAAGGCAGCCAAACACCCCAAACUUAAAACGCUUGCCUUAAAAAGGGUCCUAUUCCUUUUAGUUCAUUCAUUACACUUGCAUGUAUGUUUGGGUUGCUAACUAGCUAUCUCGCAGGAUUACAUGUGGUGGAAAAUUAUGAGAGGGCAUAAUAAACAAACAUAGCCAGGGAAAACUGCAGUUAAGGAGAUAACAGUGGCAUCAUAUUUUACUUUUGUAAACAUGGACAGCAACAAGCAGUUUUCUUUUUCACACGACCAGCUACCUGCCCCCCCCCCCCCCGCCUUCAGAUAACAGUUUUAUAUGCUACACAAUUUGGGUUUGAAUGAGGAAUAUGAAGCUUCUCAUUGCUCAGCAGUGGUGGGUAAGUGUACUGUUGUCACAGCUGGAAGCAGCAUAAUUCAAAUAGCUGCACACCAGUGAUACUGAGGCCCCGUUAUUCUGUUGCAAACUGCAGAGGGAUCACAUAGGCUUCCCACUCCAGCGGGAAGAUAUUAAGCCAAGACUGCAUAUUUGUGUUACUGAUGAGAGCACUUAUGCAAGAAGUAACUCCCGGUGCGUGUUCAGAGGAAACAAAACCAGUUGUGCAAAAUCCUUCCUAGCGAGGAUGAACCGUAUCAAAACACAAUAAAUAUAAUGGGGUGUUCAUGGGGAGUUGAAAAGCGUUGCUGCAAUACAAAAGAUUUUUUAAAUGGUUAGGAUUCAAACAUUCCUUACUAGGGUGAAGAACGAAGAGAUGACAUCCAGGUUUACUUCCAAGUAAAUGUACCUUCAAUCUCUGGUUAAAGUGCCAUGGAAAUGUACUGUAUACUCAUUUCAGAUUAUUUACACUGUGACAAGAGGGCUUUGCAGUGCAAGCCUGCUAUGUUGCAAUCUUGCUAACACAGCAGUAAAGUGGAGGUAGAUAUUGAAGUUGUAAAAAAAAAGAAAAAAAGAAUUGGGGCGAGGCAAAGGGAUAGCAACUGUUAUCUAGAGACUGCUGUGCAAUAGAGCAUGGGCGGCCAUGGUUUUGUCUGUUGUAUUCUAUUAAUGUGGUCCUUCCAGCAGAUAGCAAUGUUAAGAAUCCCUGGAAGUAUUUUCUGUGAAAUAUUUAUUGAGACAUCAUCAGGGACUCCUGUGUGAGGGAGCAUAGCUCUCCUCAGCUAAUCUGCAUGGAAGCAGGUCGUGUCGCUUGGUGGGUGAGAGAGAGAUAUUGUGGGGAGGACCUGCCCGCUUCUGUUCUGACCCCUUGGGGAGCUGGCAGUAGGUAACUGCAGACCUCAGGCCAGAAAUGGCUAGCCACCGCUGAUUUAAACCAUAUCUGACAGCUGUCCAUCCAAUUCCUUCUUGAAACUUCUAGGGGGAAAAUGCCACAGAGUCCUCCAUUGCCUAAUUGAACUGAACCAGGAGGUUUUUCCCCCCCAGACAGCCAUUGUAAGAGCACAGUUGACUGGGAAGAUCUCUUGUGCAAGCCCCACUGAAAUGAAAGCAAGCUGUGCAGCACUACCCUUGUGUAGCUUCCAUUCAUUGCAGUGAGGUAGGAGAUCUUUCCUCUUGGGUUGUACCCUAAGCAGUCACUGUUGUAACCUGAGCCCACCGUAUUUUGCCUGUCCUUUAGGUGAUCUGAUAAUGCCUUGUCUAGUCUGCCCUUGGGCAAUCUCUUUAAAUAUUUGAGAAGUUUUCCCUUUAAACCAUUGAUUGUCCAAAACAAACAUUUCCCAAGUCAACUGCUUGAGCCACAAAGCUCACUAGGAUGAGCCACCUCAAUCUAACAUGUCUCACAGGGUUGAUGUCUCUUCAUUUAAAGCACAUUUGGAGCACAUUAUUUCCUUCAAAGAAUUCUGGGCAUUGUAGUUUGUUAAGGGUUCCUGGUACCGGUAAUUCUAACUUUGUGAUGGGUAAACUACAGUGCCCAAAAUUAUCUGAGGAAAAGAAUGAGCUUCCAAUGUGCUUUAGCGUUCUACUGUGUCCACAGGGUUACACUAAAACAAUCAUGGGUUGGAUUGUCACCAUUUGCAUUGCUCAUACCUGAAGUAUCUCUGCUGGUUGCUACCACUCAAACUGUGGAGACCAAAUAAAUUAAAUUAAAAAAUUAUUUGUCCAGAGGCACCUUAGAGACCAACUAAGUUUGUUCUGGGUAGAAAGCUUAUACUCAGAACAAACUAAGUUGGUCUCUAAGGUGCUACUGGACAAAUAAUUUUUUAAUUUAUUUCAACUGUGUCAGACCAACACGGCUACCUACCUGAAUCUAAAAUUGUGGAGACCAAAAGCUGCAGUUGGACCUAGGCAAUGAAUGCAGUCCAAAGUGCCAACGCUCUUUCUUGUGCAUUGGCAUAAAAAUGCCAAUUAACUGUGGCUUUCCAUUUCCCAAGAGAUCUUCAGUGAGAUUUUGUACACAACAUGCAUUUAAAGCACAUUUUCCCCUGCCCCAAAGUAUCCUGGGAACUGUAGUUUGGCAAGGGUGCUGGGAAGUGCAGCUUUGUGAGGGAUAAACUACAGUUCCCAGGAAUCUUCAGGGUGUGCUUUUAAUAUGCUUUAAAUGUAUGGUGUGCACCUGAGGCAGUCUGUGAACUAUAUGAACUGACUAACCUGAAUGUGAUUCACCACCCAAGCGGAAAUUUGUUCUGCAGUAGAAGGAAAGUCAUAUAAUCACUGCCAUUGCUGGCAAUCUUUUAAUUAUGUUAAUUCGAAGAGAGUAAAAUUUCAGUGUGCAUCAGCUUGCCCUAUUUAGCUUUCUUGUUUUACUUUUGUUUGUUUAGUAGACAAAGCUAUUUUUGUGUGUGGAAACUUUCACAAUUUGCAGUUGACACCCAUUCAUUGCUACAAAUGAACUUAUGAAGCUGAAAAUAUUCGGAGCGGGGAGUGGGGAGGUACUGUAUGGAAAACACUCUGCCCUACAUGACUGCUACCAAGCGAGCUGGUCCUUUAGUUUAAAGCAGGCUUCCACAACCUCAGCCCUCCAGAUGUUUUUGGCCUACAACUCCCAGGAUCCCUUGCUAGCAGGCCCAGUGGUCAGGGAUGCUGGGAACUGUAGUCUCAAAACAUCUGGAGGGCCGAGGUUGAGGAAGUCUGGUUGAAAGCCUUUUCAAAGGUCCUUUAAUACAUGCAUUGGAUGGCACAACAUGCAAUAAAGCUAAGCAGGGUGUGGCUGAUUCCUCCUACCUUUCCCAAGUUUUCCUAGCUUCCAAAUCAUGUUUUCAAUGGCACUAUUAAGUCAAUACUGAUGGUGUUGCCUGUUCAGCAGUGGGUGUUGGGGAACACUGUGACACCAUAAGAACAGGGGUGUUUCCUUUGCUACUGCUGCUGGGAGCUGAGCUUAGCACCUUAUCUUGCAAUCUUCUGCUCACCAUGCUACAAACCUUCGGGAAAGAUAAAGGCAGACAUGGGUGUGUGGUGUACUGACAUGUCCUAAAAUGAUUCCCCCCUGCAAUGGUUCCUCAUUGGCUUCAAAAAGGCAGUUCUAGCCUCUGCAACAGAAAACAUCUGGGUCUCCUUAAAACAAUGGCAACUCAUAAAGUCAUGAAAUCGAGGGGCACGAUAGUUCUUGGUUUUGGAAGUGCUGGAUGAAAAAGACACUCAGGGGCUUAGAACUGUUUUUGGUGUUUGUUGUUUUUUUGGUAAGACAGUCCCUGCCCUCAGGCCCAUAGUCUUAAAAAGACUUGACACAUGGAAGAAAGAAGGAAUGGGAGGGAGAAGGAAGAGGAAAAACAAGCUCCGAAACAAAUUAUUAAAGUUAAAGCCAGUGUCAGUUGCAGUUCUGACUGUCCUGCCCUCAUUAAAGAGCAGUCCUUUCCCUGAAGCACUCUUCUGUGAGAUGCACUGCACACACACACACUCUCACACACAUACACCCUGGUGAUGGCUCAGUAUCUAAGCCAAGGGUAGGCAACCUAAGGCCCGGGGGCCAGAUGCAGCCCAAUCGCCUUCUAAAUCCGGCCCGUGGACAGUCCAGGAAUCAGCGUCUUUUUACAUGAGUAGAAUGUGUCCUUUUAUUUAAAAUGCAUCUCUGGAUUAUUUGUGGGGCCUGCCUGGUGUUUUUACAUGAGUAGAAUGUGUCCUUUUAUUUAAAAUGCAUCUCUGGGUUAUUUGUGGGGCAUAGGAAUUUGUUCAUUCCCCCCUCCCCAAUAUAGUCCGGCCCACCACAUGGUCUGAGGGACGCUGGACCGGCCCACAGCUGAAAAAGGUUGCUGACCCCUGAUCUAAGCCUUCAGUCCCCUACCCACUUAGCCGAGAACAAACCUUGUUGAACUCAACGGGACAUAAUUUUGAGUAGACAUGUAUAGGACUGCUCUGCAAGACUCAAGGCAUUUCUGGAUUAAUCAUGCCAUUUAUAUUCAGUUUAUACUGACUGGGCCGGUGGGAGGGAAGCUCACUGGAAGUAGGGAGCAUUCCAUUCCAGCCAAAGGAGGUAUAAGUGUCAUCUGAAUGGAGGUAGAAUUUGGUAAUGAACCCAUCAGAAAGGUUAUAGGGAGAAAUGCAUGCACCAAAGCCCUUUGGGGAGAGGGGCACAAUGCCUUUAAAUGUGAAUAGUUGACCAGUCUGAGCCCAAGGUACCAGUUCUGGGGAGCAAACGCAAGAGAGGGCUGUUCUCUUUGCCCUGUGAGUGGGCUUCCUGGAGGCAUCUGAUGGGUCACUGUGGCCAGCAGGAUGCUGGACUAGAUGGGGCAGAUUUGGUAGGGCUCUGCUUUUGCUCUUCCAUAUUUCCUAUUUUAAGUCUACGUUUAUAUUUGCUUUCUCCUCCAGACAUAGAUUGUGUGCCUCGCGAGAAUAUAAACCGAAGCGGCUUCCAAACUGCCACCUUAUAAAAGGAAUUGGUAGGUCUCCCGCAUGCUUUUACUUGCAUUUAUUCCCUCCGAAUUCUCUUUUCUCCAUCCUUUCUAUGCCUAUUUAUAUAAGCCCUCUUUCCAGAGGGAUUUACAUCGUCUCAAUUUUUGUACUUGGUUUUGUUUUUAGAGGUGCUUCAUUAGUAUUAUUGUUACGUAAAUAGUAUUUAUAUGGAAUUGUGCAGAAAAGAACAGAGAUUGGGUCUGCAGGCUGGUUGUGAAAACUAAAUUGGGUAUCUUCAGCCUUCUCAGACUCAGGAGCCACGUUUAAUUCCAAGAUCCAUUUGGGGACCUAUUUCCUAUUUUUCUUACCAUAUAUUUGCAUGCAUGAUAGUCGUGCUCCUGUUGCAUCCCACCUUGGGUCAGGCUGCAACUCACCAGCUGAAGACCAGUGAAGUAAAUGACCAUGCAGGGACCUUAGCUCAAUUAGUGGAGGGCAUUCUUUGCAUUAUUGCUAUUAUUGUUGAUUUAUUAAUUGCCUUCUAAAACACCGUCUCAAGGCAAUUUACGAUAAUUAAAAGCCGUUAAAGGCACAAAGCAAAAUACACAUUUAAAACAAGACUUAAAACCCUAACAGGUGGGCAUUUGUGGUAAAGACCCAUUCGUUCAGCUGGCAUGCCAAGCAGCCCAGGGUUGAUAGCCGAUAUUUCCAGUUUAAUAGGAAGUGUGAAGCCCUUCUACAGGUGACUCUGAAAAAGCAUCCCUGAAUGGGAUGCUGACUGAGGCUGAUGGAAGUUGUAAUCCAGCAACCUUGGCACAAAUCAGCCACCUCUGGUGUAGAUGAUACACAGUCUUGACUAGGCCGCUUCCUAUGAUAUUUUGUUUUUAUUGACUUGGUCGCACACUUGAAAUCCAGGGGGAACUAGUACUCUGUAAAUGCUUACCCUUUCUUAAAACCACCAGAGUACCAAUUUGAACCAAUACUCUUGAAUUGGCCCUCUGUAAUCCUCUUGGAUCUGCUGGCAACAUGCCUUAGACAGGGACGGAUUCUGGAGGCUGUCGGGGACACGAUUGACUCAAGAAAUGUUGAAAUGACAGCUUAAGUUGUUCCUGUCUCACAUCAAUAAUGUAAUCAAAUGAUGAGAGUUGGCAUAUGCCGAAAGUAUACUGUAUUGGGGAUGGGACUCCUCUCUAAAUCGUCAUUCCCUCAACACCUUUCAGAUGUUUUGGACUACAACUCAUGUCACCCCCAACUAUUAGCCAUGCUGCCUGGGGUGGAUAAGAAUGGCAGUUCAAAACAUCUGGAGGGCACCAUGUUAGGGAAGCCUGCUCUAAGCUGUAGUUCUUGUACAGAGGCUCAAACAUUUGGUGCAGUUGUUGCAAGCUUGACCUAAGGUAAGGAUUGAGCAAUGCAUUCUUCCUUAGCGGCUGAGGCCAGCUGCACACUCUAUGCAGCAAACAUAGUUUUUGUGUGUACAUUGGUAUUGCCACAGAUACACCCCCUUAUGCACAUGCCUGAGGACCCUGUCUCUGGAGAUUCCUCCACAUCUGAAUGCAUGUUUUCCCCACUUUCCAUGUUUGCUGAGGAAACACCAAUCUACAUGCAGCAGCUGUGUUUGCCACAAAAUAUUAAUUUUUUGGUUAUGUUUUUUAACCCUGUUUUCCUCCAAGGAGAUCAUUAUGGCAUGCACUCUUCCUUCCCCCUUCCUUUUUUUAAUCUUUACAACAACCCUGUGAGGUAGUUUGGCCUGACAGACAGUGACUGGCUGAAGAUAACCCAGAGAGUUUAGCCUGGGCCUUCCAAGUCCUAGUUUUGACAUUCCAAUCAUUACAGGUUCUGGUACCAAGGUGAGCUACACCUAGCGUGAGUCCCUUACAAGUUCAAAUUCUUAUAUAACUAGUCAUUCUUGGCAGUAAAAGAACUAUUUAUUUUAUUUUAGCACUGUGGUUUGCUCUGUAUGGACUGAUAUUUAGGUGUGUCACUAUUUUUUGUUCUGGCAAAACCACAAUAAUAAUGCCUUCUCUAUUGAAUAAUACCAGAUUUCCCACACCCCUUAUUUCAGAAAGCAGGCUGGGUGUAGCAGGGCUGAGCGUUUGCCAGGGCCCUGAGAUUAGCAGAGGGUCUGCUGCAUGUUCUUUCAACUCUUGACAAGAAAGUCAGAUGUUGCCUAAGGGGAUUAUCAUUGUGUGCCUCAUCUAAGUUCAGGGAGCCUACUGAGGGUGCUGAGUCAGCAUCGCUGGAGGGUGAUAUUCUGAGCAUGCUGGCAUUGUGUGCCAGCGAGAGAGAGUUCAACUUGUGCACGAUAAGAGCUGUGACAACUUGUGUGCUCCUAAUGCCAAUGCAGAGCAAACAUGUCAGCAGAUAGAGCCAAGCCCCGAGAUCUUCACAAGAGCCUUGGCCUACGCAACACGCCCUCCCCCUGGCACAUUUCCCAGCUGAAGGUUAGCUAGCCUCUCAGCCAUUCCUCUCCAUUGCAUUUGCUUUUUGUGGAUGGGCAAAGAUCACCAUAGCAACCAGAGCCUUUUGCAGCUUCCAGCCGCAGAUAAAAGAGAAUUUAGCAUUGGCCCAGCUUGUCGCCUCUGAAUUCCUGUCUCUCCUUGGCGUGGGGUUCUGAGUAACAGUUCAGUGGGGCUGUUCUCUCAUUGCUUCCAUGGUGCGUGUUUCUUACACACGUGCAAGGUGCAAUGACUCAGAAUAAUGCAGUCUAUGUCCCAGUACUUUAAAAGAAGCAACCUUGUACUCUAGUGCACUGUAUGGAUGUGUCUGAGCAAGAUCUUUCUUCUUUUUUUUGCUUUGCAGAAACUGGCUCGGAAGAUAUCGACAUACUUCCUAAUGGCCUGGCUUUCAUUAGUUCUGUAAGUUAUCCCAGCAGGCCUGUCUUUCAGGGAAGGCUGGGCUUGAGUUCGCAAUGCACUGAAGGAAAACUUGAAAAUUGCAGGCCAGAUCUAUUCCCACACAAACACAACCCUUGUUUUUAACAGAAUGCCUUUCACGCUGUACGUAACUGAGCAGAAUGCAGGGGUGCUCAUUAGAGACUGAUGGUGAAAGGGUGCAAGGGUGGGCUUGAAGAUUAGGUCACCAUUACUAGCCUUCCCCCACCACCCCAGCAUGCUAAGAGGCUAAAAGCCACUUAGUAGUGUAAAGUAAAUAAAUAAAACAAAGCCUUCUCCCAAGUGGACUGGUGCAGCAGGGCUGCAUGGUUUCUCUACUGACCACACAGUAAGGCACUGAGGGAUACUGUAAUCCAUCUAUUGGUGGAAUUUAGGGGAAGCCCUAAUAAACCUGGACUACAUAGCUCUUUUGGGAUGUGGGUGAUGCUGUGGGUUAAACCACAGAGCCUAAGACUUGCUGAUCAGAAGGUCGGUGGUUCGAAUCCCCGUGAUGGCCAAUGCUAAAUCCCAUUGCUUGGUCCCUGCUCCUGCACACCUAGCAGUUCGAAAGUAUGUCAAAGUGCAAGUAGAUAAAUAGGUACCACUCUGGCGGGAAGGUAAACUGCGUUUCCGUGUGCUGCUCUGGUUUGUCAGAAGUGGCUUAGUCAUGCUGGCCACAUGACCCGGAAGCUGUACGCCAGCUCCCUCAGCCAAUAAAGCGAGAUGAGUGCCGCAACCCCAGAGUCGGUCAUGACUGGACCUAAUGGUCAGGGGUCCCUUUACCUUUACAUAGCUAUUUUAAAGCAGCAAUGGCUAACCUGUGGCCGCCUGGCUGUUGCCGGACAGGAGCUCCCAGCAAACCCAGCCAGUGCAGCCCAUGGUUAGGGAUGAUGACAGUUGUGGUUCAGCAACAUUUGGAGCACCACAGCUUAGUAUUUCAGUGAAUAUCCAAGGAAAACAGAUGAGUUAUGAAAACGUCUCUCUGAGAUCUUCCUAACCCUUCAUGUGACAAAAGGCCUGCUUUCUUUGUUUGCAAAGGGUUUGAAAUACCCCGGAAUAGUAUCGCUUGCCCCUAAUAAAAGAGGAGAAAUACUUCUUAUGGAUCUAAAAGAAGACAAUCCUCGACCUGUCGAGCUGAGAAUCAGCCGGGGGUUUGAUCUGGCAUCCUUUAACCCUCAUGGGAUCAGCUUAUAUAUUGAUGAUGGUAAGUAGAUUUGCCCAUAAGGAAGGCUGAUAAAACAGUAUUUAUUCUGUUUAUUGUUUCACAUCUGUAGCCAUUCCUUCCUCUCCAAAGGGAGCUCCCUAGACGGGGCAGCUGCUGAGAGCUGCUUCAUUUCCCCGUAUACGUUCUCCAUAAGUUCACUCAUACUUCAUUGCUUGUUUUGUCAGACUCAUUCAGUUUUUGCCUUUCCCUAGAUGACACUGUGUACCUCUUCGUCGUAAAUCACCCACAUCAGAAGUCAACGGUAGAGCUAUUUAAAUUCGUGGAGGACGACAAUUCUCUGGUGCACUUGAAAACGAUCAAACACGAGCUUCUGCCAAGGUAUAUAAUAUCUAAAACAAUUCUGUCUCCUUUGAAUUUGAAGAACCCGUUUUAGUUUAUGCCAAGCACUCUGUGCAAUAUGCAGAACAGCUACUUAUUACUUGCAAGCUGGACCUGCAAUGAAAUGUUGCGCCAUGCAGGGAUUCUGCCCAGGGUUCCAUUUUGCCCUCGGUUUUCAGUUGGUCAGCAUUCCACGCUCGCUGGGCAUGUUCAGUCCUGAUUAAGGGUUUUACUGCAGAGUUUUGUUUAUACUGAAAGGGUUUCACUGCAGAGUUUUGUUUAUACUGCAAGCUUCAGGUUCCCCACUGCCUGCCCUCCUGCACCUUGUGUUGGCUGAUACCUCCCUCCUGCGUGUGGAUGGUACCAUUUUGUCUGAAUAAGGUCUGGCACUCAAGGGAACUGAGAUCACUCUUGGCUUGCAUGAUGGUAUGGUAUGCAAUUGUGAAUGCUCAUACGCAGACUUGUGCCUUCCAGAUGUUCUGGAUUCUGACUCCCAUCAGCCCCAGCCAGCAAGGAUGAUAGGAGUUUUGUUCCAAGAACAUCAGGAGGACAACAAGUUAGGGAAGACAGAUGGAAAACUGAAUAAGCCUGCCUGCCUGUAAACCUUGCCAUGUCUGGUAUACAACUUGCUAUGUCUCUACAUAGCAGCUUAGGUGACAACCGUAUUUUUAUUUACUCUUCUCCUUUUCUUGUCCUAGUGUGAAUGAUAUUGUGGCUCUGAGUCCUGACAGUUUCUAUGCCACCAAUGACCACUAUUUCACAGAGCUCAUCUUGAUCUACUUGGAAACAUUCCUAGGCCUUACCUGGACAAAUGUUGUCUACUACAGUCCGAAAGAAGUUAAAGAAGUGGCGUCAGGAUUUUACUCUGCCAAUGGCAUUAACAUUUCACCUGACGGGAAGUAGGUAUCUUGCAGGUGGCGUGGCUUAUACGCCGUAAAGGUAUUUUUUUUGUGUGUUUUAAAAUAUUGCUCUCCUUUAGUCAAUGCAGUCUUCAAAGAGGCUAACAUAAAUACAGGAAAGAGAGUUCAGAUUUAAGCACAGUUUUAAAACCCCCCACAUACAUUACAACAACUAAAGAAAGAGCAGUAAUGGGUAAUAAAUGUAAACAGCAGCAAGGGGGUCCUCAUCAUGCCCUGAUAUUUCUGAUAACUUUUAUCUUGGCAAUAAAGUGAACAAACAGAAGGUACAACUCAUUGUCUCUUGGUUUAAGCUGUAAUUCAUCUGAGUGUCUACAUUGCACGAUAGCAUUUCACUGUUAAUAUUUAAAUUGACUUAUCUGGGUCUAUGUUUGUACUAGCUUUGGGUCCCAGCCAGUGGACAGUAACCCUUCUUUACUCACAUCAGUUAUUUGGAGGGUUUUCCUCCUCUCCCCCCUGGAAACAAAUCUUCUACUGUACCAACUAAGGGAGGAAUUCAACAUAGAGCUGUUGCAUGGAAAGCUUUUUCACUUGAGCUCCAAGCAGAAAAUCCAAGAAAUGCCUAUGUGACUCUCACAGAGUUGGGUGGGUGGCAGUCCCUACAGUGGUCCUCUGCAAUAUACUCAGAGUCCUGUAGUGAUUUCAUGCUCUUUAUUGCAGCUUGUAAAACAGUGAUUGAAUUGCCCCCCAAACCUCAGGCUUUUAUAUACAUUAUUUACACAAUGAGUCCUGUCUGAUUGGCUGAUUCUGCUUCCCCCCUGGAGCCUGAUUGGUCUUUCCUGCAGGCCAAUCAGUUGUUGCAUUAUAGGAUCCUACCAGCCUAAUAGGCUGAUUAACUUCUUCCUGGAGCCUGAUUGGUCUUCUCCUGCAAGCCAGUCAGUUGUUGCAUUCUAGGAUCCUACUUGCCUAUUGUUCUAGGAUCCAAGGUUAGUACAUAACAUCCUCCCAUCUGUCCAAGCACAUUGCGUUUUCCAGAGCUGUUUUUAGAACAGCGUCAAUCAGCAGAGUGUGGGUUGGUUCUUGUUGACAUUAAAGUAAUGACACUUUCUGCUUCUUUUCCAAACAGAUGCUUCUUUUUAAAAAAGAAAUCUGAUGGGCACACGACUGUUUUUUAGUUGCUAGCCCUGCUUGCUAAACUAAUGUGGUGUUGUUUUCAUGAAAUGUAAUAACUAAAGUGCUAAUGUCAUACUUGACAUCAACCCUAACGUGAAAAUGAAGUGAUGGAUUAACUUUUAAAUGUGCUAAAUCAAUGUGUGAGCAAUGUGUGAAUGAUAAGGACUCUUCUCCCCACCCCACUCACAUACUUCUUUUCAGGUUAGAGAAAUAAAAUAACUAUUUCUUAUAUAAUCGAUAGUGGAGCCCCUCCCCCCCCAAAUGCACUAAGUGCACAUUUCCCUGUUUGCAUGAACUUGCCUUGCACCAGAACAGCCCCUCCUCCUUCCCUCUCUCAUCAAAUCAAAUGGUGUUGCAUCUGAAUGGUUUGUUUGUGCAAACCAUAGUUUGGAUAUAACAGCAAACCAUCAUUCCCCCCUCCAAAAAGAGGAGGCAUGCAGAGUGCAUGAGCCCACAAUACUGUUCCAAUCCAGAAUACCAUUGUUUGAGAACAUGCUCUCCCAUUGAGAUGGGUUAGCAAGGAUGAAUAUAGGGAGAACUGUCUGGUGGUUCUUCAGGAUCUUUGGUUUCCUUGCUAUUUUGAGGAAUACAUAGGUAACAUCCCAUUUAUUUAGUUAUCCAUUGCAUUUAUAUACCGCCUUUCUGCCAAGACACCCAAAGCGGUUUGCAAUCUUAAAUCUUAAGACAGAUUACUGUUAUAUAGCAUGUAAAAUUGAAUCAGGGAAGGGACAGUCCAACUGGAGCAGUCCCCGGUGUUGCCUGUGCUUGCCUCCCUCAUCCUAGGGGUGAAUCUCUAGGAUCAGUUACCACAAGGCAAGGGUGGAGAAUCUGUGGCCUUCCAGAUGUUGUUGGACUUCCACCAGCCCAGCCAACAUGGACAAUGUUCAGGGAUGGUGGAAGCUGGGAGUAGUUCAUCAACAUCUGGAAGGCCACAGAUUCCCUACCCCUGCCAUAAGUAAACUUAUUUCUAUUUUAGGAAACUCCCAGAGGAAGGAAGGAGGACUACACAAAUUAGUAUAUUCCCCCCACCUAAAAAAAACCUGGCACUGUAAAUCACCAGGGCCGUCUGUUUUGAGCUCAUCUUAUGAACGCGUUCAUGAAAUAUUUCAUUGUGUUCCAAGCCAAAGUUAUUUUCUUACCUGUAGCUAAAAAGGCAUUCAUGAAAGAGACUUUCACCCAUUUCAUUUCAUUUCAAGGUACGUCUAUGUUGCUGACGCGCUCGGUCUAAGCAUUCACAUCUUUGAAAAGCAUGAGAAUUUGAGUUUAACUCCUCUGAAGGUAAGCCAUGGCCAGUUUAGAAAUGAGCCUAAUGCAGGUAUGCUGUAACAAACCAUGGACUUUAGGCUGUUCUCCUCCGCACAAACCCAUCAAUAUUAUUUUGUGUUUAGAAUGUGUGUGCAUGCAUACCCAUCCAUUUGUUACCUUUAGUGAAGCCUUUGCAAUCUGAAUGCUUCUCAGGUGUUAUACUCCUCCUUCUGUUUUAAAUUUUGGAGAUUUAGCUUACGUUUUAAAUUUUGGAGGUUUAAUUUAUGUUUUAAAUUUUGGAGAUUUAGCUUAUGUUUUAAAUUUUGCAUAUUGCGUACCUUGUUGUUGUUAGCCACUUCGAGACAAGCAUGGUGAAAAGCGAGAUGUACAUUUUUAAAUGUAUAAAUAAAAAUGAAUUUUUUAAAGUGUGUUGUCAGGCAAACAAUGCUAGCUAUGGGUAAAAGAAUGAAUUUUCAGCAUUGCAUAUGUCAGCUGCAAGCUUUACUUACACAUUGUGUGGUUUCUUCUGUGUGCUUCAGGUAUUGCCGGUGGAAUCUGUAGUUGACAACAUAUCGGUCGAUCCUUCCACUGGAGACCUGUGGCUGGGAUGCCAUCCCAAUGCCAUGAAACUCAUGUCCCAUGAUCCAGAAAACCUUCCUGGUUCAGAGGUUAGUAGGAACUAUUUUGGCAAGAUGUGUGAUAAAAUGUGUGGAAGCUUUUCAGCCAGCAUAAAUGAGAGCAUGGGUGAUUGACUUUGUCCCUGUAGAUGUUGUUGGGCUACUCUAGUCAUCCCUGACCAUUGGCUGUGCUGGUUUGGAGAUGAAGUCCAACAUCAAUGGUGGGCAGUAAACCACUAUGGAAUGAGAUGGUAUUAAUCCUUAGCAAGAAGAUUCUGCCUUAAAUUUGACAGGAGGACCUUUUUAGUUCUUUAAACCUAUUUUGAACAGUUUUCAGACCAAACUUGUGUUAACGUGGAAUUUUUGAAGUAGUGACAGAAGGCAGCCUCACGACUCAUUAGCACAGAUUUUAUAGCAUGUGUCAGACUAGCUGGUGUUAAUCUUCACUAUUUUUCAGGUUCUACGUAUCCAGGGCAUCCUUUCUGAGAAGCCUGUAGUCACCCAAGUGUAUGUUGACGACGGGUCAGUAAUCCAGGGGUCCUCAGUUGCAAACGUGUACGACAAUCAGCUGCUUAUUGGCACCGUGUUCCACAGAGCUCUUCGCUGUGAACUGUAGUUUGCUCAUCCUGGACAUUGUCACAGCGGAAAAGGUCAGCCUUAAUCUGAGCCAAGCUUCCUACCAGAUGCAGUUCUCAAAUAGCUAACUUCAAAACACUUUGCAAUAAAAGUUGACAAGAAUGUUCCUGGCCUUCCUCACCCACCACCCACUUCAAGGAGGAGGUAACACAAGAAAAAAAUACGUUUUUGAAAAGGAAAGCAGCAACAUUGGAAGAUUAUGUUGACUUCUUUUGACAGUGUAAUUGAACAGAGAACCUCAAGUAAUGCCUGCAUCCAUAAAGAAAUGGAUGCUAAUUUGCGAUUUUCUGGAUGACCAUUGAUGACUUUAUUGGUGGGAGUGAGUGAUUUGUUGGUGGGGUGGGGGGAAUCAAAGAUAAUCCUUAAUGACUAAUUGAUGCUGCUGCUGGAGCAUUUUGCUUUCAUCUAAAAGGUUCCCAAGGACAUUUGAGACCUCAUGCAUGCCGAGUUGCUCCUCUUCCUGUAUCACCUUUUCCACUCUUAAGGAAAUCUUUAUACUUAGCAAUUAUGCCUUUCUGUCAUUCCUAGGAAGAGGCACAUUUAAUGCCUGCUUCAAACGUGACCUGAAGAGGGAUGGAUCUGAUUCCACUCAGAGCUCUCGCUCUCUCCCUCUCUUUUAAAAAGAGCAAUAAUUGCACCUAUCAGCUGCCCCAAAGGAAGUGGAGAUGGGUCUAAAUCCAUUCCCCACUCCUCUUUCUGAACAUCUGAUAGGUGCACUGCAUUUUAAAACAAGAAUUCCAUGUGCCUCCCCAACAGCUGCACCCAGGAGAGGAACCAUGUGCAGAGCAGCAUUUAUUCCUCAUCUGGCUAGGAAUAGGCAAUUGGAAAUCCACAUUCCUACACAGACGACACAUAGCUGCGUUAGGGUAUGACCAAACCUCUCUUUUUCUGAAAAGAGCACCAUGCCACUGCCCUGCAGUGCUGUGGGAUAAUGUCCCCAAACCUCUUCUAUAUAUUUGGAGAGAAGAAGCAGGUGAGCUCAGAGAGAGGAACACACUUGGCACCUGAAAUGACCCAGGUUUGAUUGCUGGCAUCUCCAGGUAAGCAUGGGAGGUUUCCCAGUUCUGAAAUGCUGGUGAGCUGCUGCCAUUCAGUGUAGACACUACUGAUCUAGAUGGGCCCAGUGGUCUGACUGUAUCUCUGUUCUUGGGUUCUUGCCCAAGCACCACCUUUUCAGCCCCAAAUCACAGCUUUCUCUCACAUCACAGUUCACAAGUACAGAAAGUGUUUGUCCCACUGGCAGUUUGCUCAUCGGAUAUCAUCUGUGUCAUCAAACAGCAGCAGCAGAAGCUGGGUAAUGUCUUUCGAAGGGUAGAAGUCUGUGGUUUUCCCUUUCUCCUUUCCUUUUGCAGGUGAGAAGGAGAAGUUCUUCCUCACCUUAUUAGCAGUAGCCUGGCAAUAACCUGGCAGAGAGCCUAGAACAAACUGUCACCUAUGCAAUCAACUUUAUGCAAGGGGUAUAAUGCAGGGAUAUUGCAGUAUGUUCUACUCUUAUCGCACAGGCUGAUUUUUAACUUAAAAGUUGGCUGCCAAAUGAAUUGCUCAACUGUAUAGAUCAAGUCAAUUAGGUUUCUUAAUAAAGUAAAUAAACAACUUUUCAAACGU